AUGGACAAGGCAAUAAUUCCCAAGAAUUCCCAAGCAGGGUCUCCAACUAGUGAAAGAAGUCACAAAAGGGUGCGCUUGGUUGCCAUCAACUCCUCUCCAGAAUCAUGCUCCCAACACUUGGAGAUCAAGCAAUUAGGCAGCCUAUCGGAUUCGGAAGCAAGGAUGAAAUGGCGUCCCAUACCAUCCUAUAGUCACGAAAAACUCAAGGAUGUCUUUUCGAUACUCCGGCUCAGGGGUAUCACGCGAGAUCAGGCGACCAAAGAGCCUGGAGGUCCUUAUGAUGCUGUUGUUGCUCAACAGGCUGUGAAUGCCCGCAAGAAUCGGUCGGUCUUCUCUUCUGUUCUCUUUUUUCCGUUUGUCAUUUUACUUGGCAAAAGUUCUAACCAUUAUACCUUGUCUUGUGCUUCUUCUGACUCUGGCCAACGGUUGAAAAUCGACGCGGACAUCCUUCCCUAUGAUGCCAACAGGUACCACCUUGACAAUCCAAUUCAGGAGAACGAUUAUAUCAAUGCCAGUUGGAUCUCCGAGCCUGCAUUCGAACUUCCAGACAGUCUUCUGUCACAGCUGCCUGAUUCACAACCUCCGCAACCUCAGACUUGGAUCGCUUCCCAAGGGCCUUUGGACAGGACGUGCUACGAGUUCUGGAGGAUCUUCCUCCACCCCGAUGUCGCUCGACGGCCAAAGGUCAUAAUCCAAUUGACAGCCUUUGAAGAGCGCUCGGCUGUAAAAUGUGCACGUUACAAACCGGACGAGGAGGAAAGCCCGCGCGAAUUUUCGCCGUAUCGUACAGUCAAGCCCGACCCAUCGCCCUCGAAUCCAAACCCGCGUUGGGACUGGGCGCCGCCUGACCAGGCCCAGAUGUCUGCCCUUGGCCGUAUCCAAGUCACCUUGCAAAGUAAACAGCUCGGCCCAGUCCCACGUGACGGUAGCGGCAGCUUCUAUCGGAAGAACAAGCUGCUGGUGGAGCUGCUUCCUGCUCAAGACGAACAAAAUCAGCAGGGAAUACAACCAAUCUUACAAAAGGCAAUAGUCACCCAUUACGAGUGCACCGGCUGGCACGACCAUGGCACGCCGGACUCAGUCGAGCCGAUCCUCGAGCUGAUCGACUCUGCCAAAGCUGAUUCCAAGAUCAGUGGCCCAGAAGACUCAGCCCAAAGCACCUCUCCAAUCCUUGUUCAUUGCUCCGCCGGCGUCGGCCGCACUGGCACCCUGAUCGCCAUCGCCAGCUGCAACGCCCAGCUUGCCCACCUUCGCAGCUACAACCUUCCUGACCAUGUCCUGCAGAACAUCAUUUCCCAUCUCGGUCCACCCCGCCUCGUUCUCGAACCCCGCAGAAUUCCUGCAUUGCCUGCCGAGCUUAAUGGUGAUCUUGUCGCACGUACCGUCGAUUUCCUUCGGGAACAAAGGGUUAUCAUGGUUCAAACCCCGGAACAGCUCGACUUCGUGUAUAAAGCAGUUGCACAUUUUUCAGCCUCUCUAUCUUGA